AGCCCGGGAGUUUGGAAGUCACACUGGAGUCGCCGGGAAAAACCGACCUGGAGCGGCGGGGGAAGCCACAGGCUGCAGGGGGGGCGGGGAGGGGGGCUCACAGCGUCCCCGCGCGGGGCGAGAGCGGCGCCGCGCGAAACCCGACGCCUCCGCUCGUCUCCAGCUCCGCGACUUCUUCUGGAAAACCGCCCUCAGGCUGCAGAGCGGCCUCCCUUCUCCGACGCACAGGUACCCCUAAGAAACCUCACUGAAAAAGAAAGUACGGUGGUGGUGGUGGUGAUGAUAAACACCCAGAAGAACAAAGAGAACAGGAGAGGACAAGAAAACAAGUGAGAGAAUGGAAAGAAAAUGAAUUCAUGUAAUUGCAAUAAAGGCAAGGAGAAAAAGGAGGAUGUAAGAAUUGUUUUAAAACAAAUAACAUUCCAGUGGAUGGGAAGAACUCUACAACUUCAGUUCAUUCUAGCAACCAAAUAUAAGACAAACUUCGGUACAAUGUGGGAGGAGACUAUACAAGGGUGUGAAUAGGAAGAGUCUGGAUGAUUGGGGACCAUCUUGGAGGCUGGCUGCCAAAAGAUAAUUCCUCCUCAGCCUGAAGAUCUCUCCUUGUAUAUUGCCUCUUCCAGGAAGCCUUUUCUAAGUAUAGUAGGUGCCUCUGUUUCCACUGUCUUAGUACUUAUCACAAUCCACUCUCUGCCACAGUAAACUCUAACUUCUGAGGGUGAGAAAACUGAGAUUCAGAGAAGGAAGGUAACUUCCCCAAGGAUCCACAGCUGACAGGCAUAAAUCAACAAGUAUGCUGCAUAAGAAAACGUUCACCUGGGGAGUGAGAUACCAGUGUUGACUUCUAAUUUCUGGUGGCGGCACUCCUUGAGGUCUUCUCUCUUGGAUUUGACGCACGUACACUCUGACCAUUUUGUUUGCGUGGAAAGUUGAAAGAAGGCAACACACUAGCUACACGCAUCCAGCGCUCCUUGGGGUGGAAGAGCAAAGUUCUAGGGCAGAGCCUGCCUUGCCAGAGCCGGCGAUGCUUUCGCUCUCCGGUACCUGCUCAGCUUCACGCCGCAUCUGAAGGUCUGCCCCUCGCGGAACAGUUGCGUCUCCAUCUGGCUGCCAACCCACCCAAGCCUUCUCUCCUCCACAACCACCACCUUCCCUCCUUCCCCCCUCCUUUCCGUCUUCCCUCUCCACCCCGCCCCCAAUCUCCUCCUCUUUUUCUCACUACAAGCGGUUGCUGAUGCUGAAGCUGAGCGUCACUUCGGCUCCCACGGCAGACAUGGCGACACUGACAGUGGUCCAGCCGCUCACUCUGGACAGAGAUGUUGCCAGAGCAAUUGAAUUACUGGAAAAACUGCAGGAAUCUGGAGAAGUACCAGUGCACAAGCUACAAUCCCUCAAAAAAGUGCUCCAGAGUGAGUUUUGUACUGCUAUUCGAGAGGUGUAUCAAUAUAUGCAUGAAACGAUAACUGUUAAUGGCUGUCCCGAAUUCCGUGCCAGGGCCACAGCAAAGGCAACAGUUGCAGCUUUUGCAGCUAGUGAAGGCCACUCCCACCCUCGGGUAGUCGAGCUGCCAAAAACGGAUGAAGGCCUUGGUUUUAAUGUGAUGGGAGGAAAGGAGCAAAAUUCCCCCAUUUAUAUCUCUCGCAUCAUUCCUGGAGGGGUGGCUGAAAGACACGGAGGCCUCAAGCGAGGAGACCAGCUACUAUCAGUGAAUGGAGUGAUAAGUUGGUCUGGCAACUGCCAGCAUGUGGGAGUGGGAGUAUGUGAAGGAGUGGAGAAAAAACUGGACGUGGGGAGAUCAACUAGGAAACUCCUAGGAGUUUUGGAGAGACAUGAUGAACGUCUUGCAAGAAAAGAAUUAGGAUGGAGAGAAAGGAAGAGAUUUCAAAACUGUUUUGGAGUUCCUUCCUGUCCCCCCCGAGGAAACGCUAUGAUGAGUGUGGAAGGAGAACACCAUGAGAAAGCUGUGGAACUACUCAAGGCUGCUAAGGACAGCGUCAAGCUGGUGGUCCGAUACACCCCGAAAGUCUUGGAAGAAAUGGAGGCUCGCUUUGAAAAGCUACGGACAGCCCGGCGGCGGCAGCAGCAACAAUUGCUAAUUCAACAACAGCAACAGCAGCGGCAGCAACAAACACAGCAAAACCACAUGUCAUAGGUCCUUGAAGCUACUUGAUCAAACACCCAAUAGUCACAAGUUUGAAACCGUGCUUCAGAAUCCCAGCACAUAGUAAAGGAAAAGACAACACUGAUAAUUAUACCUGUCAAGAAACUGUGAA